AUGACUCAAUGUCCUUCCUUGUUCACAUCCUUCCCAAGUUGGCCACUCUCGUCGAGAAUCGGGGAAAAAAGUGAUGAAAAACACGGAAAAAUGCGGUCACUGUGCGUGGGAAAUCGUGUUUUUGGCCGGUUCGACCAGCCGCAUUCCAACGUCGUCUGUGUGGAGGCGGAAGAGAUGACCUCCAGAAGGGAAAGACAGACAGAUACGGCUGUUUUCUCAGCUGGCACCGAAACGUUCUCUCCGUGUGGGCGGAUCUUUUGGCGCGUUUCCAGCUGGCUGUCCCUCGGUUUCCCGCCAAACCGAGGUGUCUAG